CCCAGGUGAGGCGGGGCCGGACGCCGUUCCCUGGCUCGCAGGAAAUCCUGUCCUCUGAACAAUGAAGAUCUUAGACCCCGGCUAACCCUCAGAGGCGCAAACUGUGAAUCCAUCCUCGCUCUUCUGAAGCAGAUGCUGAAGUUCUUUAGAAGGAUCUUCUCUAUUCACACACGGUGCCUGCUUGAGAACAGAGAAAGCUCCCAACAAUCUUGUGCCUGAGCGGUGAGCCAUGCUGGGCCAGAAAACAGGACUCCCCCAUGACCUGAACAGCCACCGCCAGCCCAACCAGUCCUACCAGGAGGCUGUGCCCCUGCGGACCAGACCAUCCAAGGAGACGGAUGUCAGUCUGGAGGUGUUCAGCGGCUCCACGCCUGAAAUCAAACAGAGCCGCACCAGAGCCCAGCAGAUGCGGGAUAGGAAAAGUCGCAAAGCUGACCUCAAAGACUCUAACAGGAGAGAGGCAGAAACAAUUACCUUUAUUUCUGGUACAGCAGAGGCUCCCCCAAACCAGAGCUUCUGCUGUUCCUCUCUGUCUCAGGCCUGGAACACAUACAAGGCUGUCUUCUGUUGUAUAGUGACCUGUGGGGGCUGCUUUCAGGACUGCAGUGUCUGUAUCUCCUAUCCUGGGCCCACCGAGACCUCCACCGAUGACGGAAAGAAUGGUGAUUAUAACGGGCGACUGCCAAACAGCCCUGCCAACGUCUCUCCCGCUGAGAAGAAUGGGAAUCAGAUCAAAAAGUCCAGCAUGGGCAGCAGUUUCAGCUACCCAGAUGUGAAACUGAAGGGCAUUCCUGUCUAUCAAAACCGGAGUGCCAGCCACCACCUGGAAUCGGAUUCGUGCUGCAAAGAGCUGCUGUCAGAGAAGCCCUUCAGGAACAGCAUAGAAAAGCCACCACUCCCCAGCAGCCACCGGAGUUCGGAGGAGUAUUACUCCUUCCACGAGUCUGACCUGGACAUCAGCGAGCUGAACGGCUCCAUGUCCAGCAGGGAGAUCGACGUCCUGAUCUUCAAGAAACUGACGGAGCUCUUCAGCGUCCACCAGAUCGACGAGUUGGCCAAGUGCACGUCAGACACUGUCUUCCUGGAGAAGACCAACAAGAUCUCGGACCUUAUCAAUAGCAUAACUCAGGACUACAACCUGGAUGAGCAGGAUGCUGAAUGCAGGCUGGUCCGAGGCAUCAUACGCAUCAGCACCCGGAAAAGCAGGGUCCGGCCCCAUAUUUCUAUCCCAGCCAGCCAGAGCCACGAGGAGAAGUCCAGCAGAGGCAACGCGCCAGACAGCGGUAAUGAAACAAUGCUAGAGUCCAUGGUCAUCAGCCAAGACGAUUUGGCCGUGCAAAUAUCAGAAGAAACACCAGCAGACGUGAUAGCCAGGAAUAUGAGGCGGCAUAGCAGCGCAGGCUCUCCAACAAGCAGAAAUUCUUCUUUCCAAGACACAGAGACUGACUCAUCCGGGGCACCUCUGCUUCAGGUGUACUGUUAAGGAAAAGGACCUGAGCAGCAGGCAGGCGUCUUGAGGCUUUGCUGCAAUCAGAUUUCUCCUCUUUCAAUACAGAGUGUGCUAUGCCACCUUUUUUUUUUUUUUCCCCCCCAGUCUACCCUGAUCCUAUGUUGAAGCCAAAUUUGUCCUGGCUGUCUGAAUUUCACUGGAUUUUUUUUUUUUUUUUUUUUGGACAAUGUAAAACAUCAAGGAAGUGAACUGUGGAGCUAGUGAACUUGGGAGGUGGAAUGUGUGCCCAGGGAGGAGAAGAUGGACAAGGAAGUAUCAGAUGACCUGUGCUUCUGUGAUUUCCAUACUUCACAUUUAGCUUCAACAACCUCAGCGGCCCAGCCCUUUCCCUGCUUUGAGGAUCUGUCAUACAGUUCUUGCUUUCUGGCAUUGCAGAAGUUAACUUGGGUAGGGAAUAACCGGAAGGUGGCUCUGUUUGCGAUGAUGCUGAGGUGAAGGCCAAGCACCUGCUCUCUAGGGACCCAGAUCUCUAUUUAAAGUGGCUGGGUUGGUCCCAAAAACAUUAAGUCUGUGGUAUUUGUUCUUCCUGUUGCCCCUUAGUGGUGUCAUCUCCCGCUGCCUUGUGAGGAGAAGGUUCAGGUAACGUGGUUCGUUUAAUCUUUGGCCUUGUGGCUCGUCUCCCGAGAUAGUGCCAGUUCCCGGGGGUGGGAUGCCUGGGCAGCUGCCCCACUCUCACCUCCCGAGCGGACUGCGGGGAUCAGUUUUGCAGUCACCGCUGGUCUGCGGGCGUGAGGUGUUGCCAGUUGCACACGUUGACCUGAGACUUGCGUGCCAGUCGGCUCUUCCUCGCUUAUUUGCCAAGCCUUCUGCAUUUCCCUGUCAUGCUGACUGCCGGGCAAGCCUUGAACUCAGAUUAUGGCAGGUGAGGGAAGUAGUCUGUUCAUUUUUAGGUUUUUGUAAUUAGGAAUCAGGCUGUUUGACUGUUCUGCUAGAAACUCCCUUAAAAGCAGCUUGCUUUGAAAGGAAAGCUUCCCGAGAGCAUUUGUGAGGAAUUUCUCGGUCCUGCCUUUCCCCUGCGGGCACUCCAUGCCUUCUCCUUCCCUUUGCCCCUCUCCAACAGCUGGUGGGAAGCAGGAGAUGUGGAAUUGCUACCCUGAGGGCACGGUGCCAGGCGACCUUGAGGGCUGCAGCAUUGCAGCAGGAGGAAGCUCUAUCUUACCGGCGUUGCCACUUGGUUGUUUAUCAGAAAGUAAACACGUGAAGCCAUGGGACUUGUUUAUACAUUUGAGUGCCCUUGGACGUGAAUAGAAAAGGCUUAGUUGAAUUUACCAGCCAUAGAAUAAACACACCCACUGUUUUUUGGGGAGAGGGAAACCAAAAUAGGCCCUGUGCUUUGGUGUGGACCAUGUUUUUGUGCCUUAAUUCAACUGAAAUGUGCCUUAAUUGAACUGAAAUGUGCCUUUAUGUCAUAGCCUGCGAUUACUCUUCAGAAGUUGGGUAGAGGGGAGAAAGGGUUUAAUUCCUCACAUGAGGAGUCAGGCUUUUUUAACCAGCCAAAGCCCUUUAAAAUGUACAGUUGAAGUCCCUGUGAGAGCCUGGUUUUGUCAACUGCUUGCGUUUCAGAGCAUGCUUUCAUAAAUCACGGACAUUACUGAGACCACACCUUGAGAUGCUGAUGGAGAGAGAUUUUGAAAAUAAAGGGGAAGAGACUGAGACUUGGAUUUGGCUUCCCCUCCCUGCUUUGUUUUUAAAACUGUCGGUUUGUGAAAAAACCCGUUUAUGCAAGGAAAAGACUUGAAGCAAGGCCAGCCCGGGACUCCUGGAGGAGCUGCGUUUGGUCACCCCCUCCCGAAUUCCGCGCGUACUGAUGGACCCGUUUGGCUUCCUGCUUCUGAAUGGAUUUGUACAUACGUAUUUGAACAAGUUUACUUAAACCUGUGCACUGAGGCAUCGGCAUGGGUCACACUGACACGUAGCUCUGGUCUGUGCGCUGGAGCUUUGGAGGCGAGGGGCGAGGAUGGACUUGUAAAGAGCUGCCGAUCGCUAUUACAGAUGCAAUAGCACAUUUUUAAUGUUUAGUCUGUGUACAAAGAGUGAAUGUGUAUGGAUUAAGCUUGGGGGGAAAAAAAACCCCAA